AUGUUAUCGAGAGCAAGAAUAUGUCAAGCUUCACGUCAAGGUGCCAGAUUCGUUGCGCAGCUGUCAACUGUGAAUAUUCCUAAGCAGAUUACCAAUGAAGCAGUGAAACCGUUCGGUCUUACGGAUACAAAGGAUUGGGAUCUGCUGCGUGCGUCUUUGAUGAAAUUCAAAAGCUCCUCAUUGGAAGUUCCGCUAGUCAUCAAUGGUGAACGUAGAUAUUACAAUGAUCAGACCAAACGCGGGUUCUUUGCACAGACCAAUCCAGCACACCAUCAGCAAGUGCUUGCUACUGUUACACAGGCUACCAGAGAAGAUGUGAAGGAUGCCAUUCAGGCCGCUAAGGAUGCGAAGAAGAAGUGGCUAGAAAUGCCGUUUUAUGACAGAGCCGCGGUGUUUCUGCGCGCCGCUGACCUUGUGUCUACAAAGUAUAGGUACGAUAUGUUGGCAGCCACAAUGUUGGGUCAAGGUAAGAACGUCUACCAAGCAGAGAUUGAUUGUAUUACUGAGCUGUCGGAUUUUUUCAGAUUCAACGUGAAGUAUGCGUACGAACUGUACUCGCAGCAGCCUAUAGAAUCCAGUCCCGGCGUGUGGAAUAAGGCGGAGUACAGACCACUGGAAGGGUUUGUAUACGCUGUUACGCCCUUCAAUUUCACUGCUAUUGCAGCCAAUCUGGUCGGUGCACCAGCUUUGAUGGGUAACACCGUGGUUUGGAAGCCCUCUCAAACAGCGGCUUUAUCGAACUAUCUCUUGCUAACCGUUUUAGAAGAGGCAGGGUUGCCAAAGGGCGUGGUCAACUUUGUGCCAGGUAAUCCCGUUGAAGUCACUGAAGAAGUUCUAAGCGAUAGAGAUUUUGCAGCCUUGCAUUUCACUGGCUCCACUGCUGUCUUCAAACAACUGUAUGGUAGUAUCCAGCAGGGCGUCGUCAGCGGCAUUUACAGAGAUUAUCCGAGAAUCGUUGGUGAAACAGGUGGUAAGAAUUUCCAUUUAAUCCACCCUUCUGCGAACCUGCCCCAUGCGGUGCUAUCCACCAUCAGAGGUGCAUUCGAGUUUCAAGGCCAAAAAUGUUCUGCAACCUCUCGAGUCUACAUUCCCAAAUCAAGAAGCGAAGAGUUUCUAAAGGACAUGGCGGGCACCUUGCAACAGCACAAGAUCUCGCCAGUAAACACAUCUGCAGGUAGCAUCAGUGGUGGUGAUUUGCACGGUUUCAUGGGACCAGUGAUCCAUGAGCAGAGUUUCGACAAGCUUGCCAGCGCCAUCGAGGAGGCCAAGCAAGACUCAGAGCUUGAAAUUGUCUACGGCGGCAAGUGCGACAAGUCCAGCGGCUGGUUCAUUGGUCCAACAAUAAUCAAGACCACAAACCCCAGCCAUAAGUUUCUCACGACCGAGUUCUUCGGCCCCAUUUUGACCGUUUACGAAUACCCUGACGACCAGUUCACCCAGGUCUGCCAACUGAUUGACAGCACCAGCGCCUACGGGCUCACGGGCUCUGUUUUCGCCAAGGAUCGCGACGCCAUUAUUCAAGCCAGCGAAGCCCUAAGGUACAGUGCCGGUAAUUUCUACAUCAACGACAAGUGCACAGGCGCCGUUGUGGCACAACAGUGGUUCGGCGGUGCCAGAAUGAGCGGCACCAACGACAAAGCAGGUAGUGGCAACAUCCUAAAUAGGUUCGUCAGCGUCAGGAACGUUAAAGAGAACUUCUACGAGCUUACCGAUUUCAAGUAUCCUUCAAACUACGAGUAA